UUUAUGAUACAAUUUUUUUAUUUUUUAAAAUAUUUUUUUAUUUAUUUAACAAUUUUUUUUUAAAGGUUCCAAAGGGGAUGGACCCGACGGUCUGGCGGGAGUUGAGUGAGCAUUGGAGUAAGAACGAAGUCAGAGCAACUUCUUCCACCAACUCCACCAACCGCAAGAGCGACCGUAAGGGGAAGGGCAUGUACGUCCAUAACUUGGGUGCUCAGUCUUUAGCCAGUCUGGGAGAUCGCUUGGCGCAAGAAAAUGAGGGGGAGCCGGUUGAUCAUCUCCGCCUAAUAAAGACGGCGUAUACCAACAAGAAGACCGGCGAGAUUGAUGAUGGUGUUGUGAGGGAUGUGGUCACCCUUAUCGACAGUCAGAUGGAACAGGAAGUGUCUCAGCUUCAAACCGAGGAUGACGAUUCGACGGGAUCGACCGGCUUGCCUCGGGUUCGGAUCAACCAAAUCGUUGAAGCGUCGGUUCCAAAGAAGAAGGGCCGUUUGUUCGGUUUGGCUCGUCGGUCUCCCUCGGUUCCGUCUGCUUCUGCACCACCACCGUCCUAUGUUGAUCAAGAAGUCCUUCUGAGCCAGAUGAGGGACAAGGAUGCUCGCAUAUCUGCGCUGGAGUCCAUGGUGGCGAGUCAAGAGGCGGGCUGGGAGGCACAGAGGAAGCUGAACGAGCAAAUGAUGGCGAUGAUGAGGAGCAUGAACCCGAACGCCAACGUCGACUUCCCGAACAUGCCAGACCCGGACUUCCAAACCCCGUAGUUUAAUUUAUUUCAAAAACUCUAAAUGUUUUCUUUUCGUUUGUAUGACUUUGAAUUUUAAAUAAUAUGUUUUUAAUUUAAAUUUUAAUUUUAUAUUUACGAAUUUAAAUUUUAAAAA